CCUUGGACAGAAGAUCAUGGAACACUAACGCCCGCUCCUUCUUUCUUUCUUUCUGCAGGCAAACGAGCGGGACCCCCUGGCCCCCCAGGGCCACAAGGGCCGCCUGGCCCCCCCGGCCCACAAGGGCCUCCAGGCAUCCCCGGCAUCCCCGGCAUCCCUGGCACCACUGUCAUGGGCCCCCCUGGCCCUCCCGGCCCACCUGGCCUCCAGGGGCCCCCUGGCGUGCAGGGCCCCACAGGUGCCACAGACAAAGUGGGACCCAGAGAUGCCCAGCCGGCCGUGGUCCACCUGCAGGGACAAGGCUCCGCCAUCCAAGUCAAGAAUG